GGGACAGAUGACAGUUGCUCUUUAAAAAUCAAGAUUUAAAUAGAGUUGAUUUAAAUCAAGCCUUUUUACUAGUGAUUUAAAUCAUAAUUUAAAUCGUGAUUUAAAUUGACUUGAUUUAAAUCAAAUCCACCUUGCUUUGGAUAUAUCAUUCACUCUUCCUGAAUUCCUGGACAAGUCCCUGUAGAUUUCUUUUAACAACUAUUUUGAUACUUUAACAUUUGAUAGCUAUUUUGAUUGAAGAAAAUAAACCCUUCAGUUUAAAUUUGAAGAAAAUAAACCCUUCAGUUUAAAUUUUCAUUAUUUAAUAAUGAAAUAAUGAAUAAUUUCCAAAUAUUUUUUGUAAUUCAGUAUGCCAAAUGUUGAUACCAACAAUAUAAACUGAUAUUCUGAUGCUUUGUGUUUUAUUGCUUUCCUAAUUUCUAACUGCAUUUGUGUUUUUUACAAUAGUAACUAUGUAGACAUUGUUUUUUUUUUUAAUGGAACUUUUUUCCAACUUCAGUCAAUUCAGAAUUGGUCUAUAUUUGAACUAGAAUUUUUAUAUUAUGUGGAUGAUCCUUUUACAUUCAGAGUCUGAAUUGAUCCAGUUUUCUAAUUAAGACAAGUACAGAGUUUUCAAUUACUUAUAGCCAUCUAUUACAUUCCUGUGAAGGAAUGUAAAGCUGUAUUUGGGAAAGCUGUAUUUUGAGAAACCCAUUAAAGGGAAAAGAAAAAAGAAAUAUUAAGGGUAACUUGGAGAAGAGGUUGCACAGAAGAAGUAUGUCAUGCUCGAAAUACAGCAGGAAAGCCAGAGCAGCACAAAGCGCACCAAAGUGAUCCUCUGAGCUCCACAAGUCGGCCAAUAGACGAAGCUUCCCCCCCCCCCCCGGCUCCGAGGCAUUUUAACAGAAGAAAGAGGGGGAUGUUACAGCCGCGUGGGUGGAGACAGCCAAGCCGGGUGCAAGCUUCUUCCUGUUCAGCCUCGUUUCCUUUAGCGAGGAAGGGCUAAAGUCGCCCUUUGCCUGGCUGGCGGGGAUGUCAUUUCGUGUGACCGGCAGGUGGAUACCUGUUGCACAGGUGCGAAACAAUGAAAGCCAAGAUGCCGGACCAGGAGCCGGUUGCAUCUCUCCCUGGCCCUUCUCCGCUGCCCAAGCUGUUCUCCGCCCUUUUCUAUGGGACCUGCUCUUUCUUGAUCGUUCUGGUAAACAAAACAGUGCUGACAGUUUACAGAUUCCCAUCUCCAAUGUUUCUUGGAGUAGGACAGGUAUGUUCAUAGAUAAAAGAGAUUAAAUGAUGGUAACCACUAUUCUCAUCUUAUAUGUGUCAAAAUUAAAUAAAAUCAUUCAUUUUCCUGAUCUUGACAAAAGCAUCCCUAAAAAGUUGUUUCCACUUCCUCUGAUUUAUAUUGGAAACCAUAUAAGUGGAUUAUCAAGCAUAGGCAAGCUAAGCUUGCCAAUGUUUACAGUCCUGAGGAAGUUUACCAUUCCUCUUACAUUACUGCUGGAAAUUAUUAUUCUUGGGAAACGCUUUCCCCUGAGCAUUAUAAUCAGUGUGUUUGCAAUCAUUUUGGGGGCCUUAAUAGCAGCAGGAUCAGAUUUAGCUUUCGGCUUGGAAGGCUAUGUUUCUGUUUUGCUCAAUGAUAUCUUCACAGCAGCAAAUGGUGUUUAUACCAAACAAAAAAUUGACCCUCAGGAACUGGGAAGAUAUGGAGUAAUUUUUUAUAAUGCCUACUUUAUGAUAAUUCCUACAGUUCUCAUCAGUUUUUUCACUGGAGAUUUCCAGCAGGCCACGGAUUUCCAGCAGUGGACAAACGCUUUAUUUAUCUUUCAGUUUCUUCUUUCUUGUGUGUUGGGGUUUCUUCUGAUGUAUUCUACAGUUCUCUGCAGCCAUUAUAAUUCUGCUCUAACAACUGCAGUAGUUGGUGCUAUAAAAAAUGUGUCUGUUGCUUAUAUUGGCAUGCUAUUUGGUGGAGAUUACAUAUUUAAUAUGUUGAACUUCAUUGGACUCAAUAUCAGCAUGGCAGGAGGCCUGAGAUAUUCAUUCUUGGCAAUACGGGGACAGGACAAUCCUAAUUGUCCCCCCAUAACUGAAGAAAAAACAACUCCAGAUUCCAAGAGCUAACUGAAGCAAACAACAUGAAAAACUCUAAGGAUGCCAACUAGGCAAAAAUAUUUCCUUUGAUAGAAGAUGAUAACUGAAACACAUAAAAAUGCACCUGAAAAUUCACUUGCCAUAUUAAAGCAAUCUUCAACGUACAGAAAAUAGUUUGCAAAUUUUUGAGUUUCCAAGAAUUGUUCAUGAUUAAAAAUCCAAAAAAGAAUAUUCAGGGUAUAUAAAAUGUGGGUUUUGUUUAGGCUAUGUCUAUACCAGGCUUCAGAUCGUGUGUGGAAAAAAAAAAACCUGCAGUAGCAUUAGCCUGUAACAAAAUUUUGCUAGAAAGUUGAAAAGAACAAAUAUUUGUUGG